AUGCCUCGUCGUGAAGGGUCAGAUAGAAGAGAGCAGGUGGAGAAGUUUGGUUAUUUGGGCGUGGUGAUUAUUGCAGCUGUUCAGGAGGCGGGGUCUCUGGGUCUCGGUUUACAAGUGGCCCAGGUCUUCGCUACUGACCUGGACGAUCCCAAGACGCGGAACGCCAAAGUGAGGUAUUUCAUCGAGAAGAAUGUGAUAGAGGAGAGCUCCGGUCAGGCGCUCUUUGCCGUGGACGAGGCAACGGGUGUACUAACGACCGCCCGCUGCUGCCUGGACAGGGAAAGAGCGCCGCGCUACCGUCUGCAAGUGGUGGCUGCUGACGGGGGAGGCCUGAAGGGCACAGGGACGGUGGUGGUUCGUGUGACGGAUCUGAACGACAACCGGCCUCGCCUGGAGCACCACGUGUGGGAGGCCGCAGUCAACGAGACCAGCGAGGAGGAGUUGCAGGACCUCGCCUCGCUCUCCCUCCUGCGCCUCUCACUCCUCGACCGAGACACCGACAACGACUUCCUCUAUCGGGUGGUGGAGGGCAGCGGAUGGGGGUGGCAGCUGUUCGGAGUGAGGACGGAGGAGGCGGAGGGCCACGUGUUCCCCCUGGCGCCCCUUGACUAUGAGGACCCCAGGCACGCGGCAGGCUUCUCCUUCCUCGUGCAGGUGACCGAUAGGGGCGUGGAGGGCUUCGCCAACCACCUGCACAUAGACUCGGCCCGGGUGAAGCUUGCUUUGCUCAACAUCAACGACAACCCGCCCGUUUUUGCACGCCCGCACGCCCAGCUCACUCUGCGGGAGGACGCCCACCUCGGCACCCUCCUGGCCACCCUACCCGCCCAUGACCCUGAUGAGGGAGGAGGAGGCGUCGUGGAUUAUCGCGUGGAGGGAGGCUGGGGGGCGCUGGGCGUGGAUGAGGGAGGCGGAGUGAGACUUCUACGCCCACUGGACCGAGAGGCUCCUGACGGGGCGAGAACAGAGGCGCUGAUACUGGCUGUGGACCGCGGGACGCCAUCACUCACCUCCACUGCCACCCUCACGCUCAGCGUUCUAGAUGUCAAUGACUGUGCGCCGACCCUCCUGCCGCCCACUGUCUUCCACGUUCCCGAGGGCGCCCCAGCCACCUUCCUGGGCAUCCUGAGGGCCACGGACAGGGAUGUGUGGUCGCUGGGACACGGCCCGCCCUUCUCCUUCUCCCUGGACCUCGCCAACCCGCCACAUGUCAUGGAAAGUGUUGAGCUGCAUCGUGAGUCUGGCGUGGAGGAGGAGGAGCAGGAGGAGAAAGCGGUGACGGGGCGGGGCGGGGCGAGCCUGUGGACGGUGAGGCCGCUGGACAGGGAGAGGCAGAGGCGGCUAGAGGUGCGGGUGGUGGUGUCUGACGCUGGUGGUCGCGCCGCCUCCCACGUGGUGGUAGUCGUGGUGGGCGACGUGAAUGACCACCCCAUGGCGCCCGCCACCAAGACAGUGUACUGGUGGCGCACCCAGGGAGGGAGAUCAGAGGUUGCCUUGGGGCGCGUGCACGUGGCUGACCCCGAUGACUGUGACCUGGCUGACAAGACUUUCCGCUGGGCCAGCCUGCCUCCGCCCGCCCUCUUCUCCCUCAACCCCAACACGGGCGCCCUCUUCGCUUCCCCGCACCUGCAGCCCGGCAUGUACGAGCUCCGCCUCUCCGUCAGUGACCGGGCGUGGGGACAGGCAGGCGUGGAGGCCAAUGUGACUGUGGUGGUGCGCCCUCUCACGCCCAGAAUGCUACGCCACGCCAUCUACCUCACCCUCACCCCGGCUGCCCAUGCCUCCGCCACGCCCACACGCCUGCUGGAGGGAUGGACGCCGCUGAAAAAUGGAGGACUGCUAGGUCGUCUCCUGAAGGCUGUGGAGGAGGUAGUGGUGGAGGAGGACGGGCGGGAGGAGGUCGUCCGGGCAGAAGUCAUCAGUUUAUACGAUCACCCGCCGCCUCCCAGUAUCCCCACCCACAUCCCUCAUCCCCGCCCUCCUCCCUCUGACUUUUCCACCUCCUACCCCCUUCCCCAGCCCGCCCAUGCCCCGCCAGACUGCCAAGGCGACGCGGGAGUGGGCGGAGGGUCAGUGGUGUGGGUGUGCGUGCGAGGGGCGGCGGCGAGAGGCGGGUUCCUACACCCAAACAAAUUAAAGGGUCUUUUGGCGCUGCACAGACACCAGCUUGAGGCAGCCGUGGGACUGAGGGUGGAGGUUGGGUUGGGCGGCUGGGGCGGCGAAGAGUCGGAGACAGCACCCGGGCGGCCCCAGGAAGAAACCACGCCCCCUCACCCCUCACCAGCGGCCUCCCUCACCCCCCUGACCCAUCGCCUGCAGGUAACGGACACAAGUCCCACUGCACUCGUUACGCCGUGCCUCCUGCCCACCCACGCCUGCCGUCGCCCCUCCUACACCACCACCCCCACCUGCAUCCACGUCCCCUGUCUGAACGGCGGCAGGUGUGUCAGACUGCAUGCAGGCUUCAGGUGUGUGUGUCCUGGAGGAACAAAAGGUCCGCGAUGCAAGAGGCUGACUCGAACCUUCAUAGGUGAAGGUUGGCUGUGGUUAGAUCCUCUCCCACCGUGUUCUCCCACAUCCCUCUCCCUGCAUCUGCUCACCACUUCUCCUGAUGUGCACCUUCUCUACUCUGGGCCUCUUGGCAUUCAGCCGUCCAUUCCUCUGGCACUGGCUGAAUCUGCUGCCUUUCAUGUCUCUUCUGAAGCUCCAGUCACUUCCCCACUUACCUUUUCUCAACCUUCUAGUGGCCCUGAUGCCCCCUUGCUCUUGCCACCACCACCACAGUUACAGUUGCAGCUGGUGUCUGGGCAGCCUCGUCUGGACAUAAAAGGCCCAGGUGGGUCCAUUACUCUACAGCUCAAUGCAACGCUCCAUGAUGGUGUUUGGCACACACUACACCUGCAUCUGGAUGAUCAGGGUGUGGACUUGAUGGUGGACCUGUGUAGGCAUGGCUGGACCAAUGACACCUCCGACGACUCUCACUGCCGGGUGCGGAGGACGUGGCAGAGGCAGGCUGGCACAGAGGCAUGGGCAGGAGGAUGGCUUCUCCAAUUGGGUGGCAUGGCAUGGAGAGGGAAUGCAAGUGUGGGUCACUCCCCUCACCCACAUGCCCGGCCACUCAGGGGCUGCCUCUCCCAUGUCACAGUGAACGGUCAGGUGAUGGACCUGGGGGAGCCACCCCACCACCACCGCACUGCUACUGGCUGCCGACCACAGCAGGCUGCAUGCCCUGGUGGCUGUGGGCUGCACGGUCACUGUGUGGGCGGCUUGCAUCAGCCCACUUGUCGCUGCGCAGCAGGGUGGGUGGGAACAACUUGCCUUGUGCCCACUUGGCCUGCCACACUUGGUCCUGCCUCAUUCAUGAAGCUGUCCCUCUCCUUCACACCAGUGCCCCAUGAAGUAACCUUCUCUGUGCAGGUCAAGGCUAAUGGUGCACCCACUGGCCUGUUGCUGUGGCUCGCUGGCCAGCCACCCUCCCUCGCCCUCACCUUCCAUCUCCAUGCUGGUGUGCCAUGUGUGACUCUGGCGGGUGAAGGCUGGAGGCCAAGCGACAGCAACCACCAGGAGGGAGUGUGGGAGGCGUGUGUGGGAGACAGACCGCUGGGGGACAACACGUGGCACCAGGUAUCUGGUGGGCGGCGGGGACACAGCCUCCUGCUGAUGGUGGAUGAUGGCAUCAGUGAAGACUCCAGGAAUGAGAGUGUGAUGUUCCACCCUCUGCCACCACUCCAUGUGGAUCCCUUCAAUGGUGUGGUGGUGGGUGGCUUUCCUGAGCUGAUGGGCAUGGAAGUGCUGCAGGUACAACACGAUUUGCAUCAUGUGUGCCUGGAUGACCUACGGAUCAGUGGGAGGUCAGUACCACUGCCGCCAGCCACUCACACCACACCCUGGGGUCAGGUCACUGCCUUUCAGGGCUUCAGGGCUGAGUGCCAUCUCCCCAACCCCUGCCUGAACACAACCUGUCCUCCACCCUUCACCUGCAUCCCAGUGUGGGGCCAUCCAAGCUGCAGCUGCGGCCCAGGGAGAGAGCCAGCCGACCAAGGGUGUCAGGACAUUAAUGAGUGUGUAUGGGGUCCUUGCCUUAAUGCUGGCACCUGCAUAGAGCAACCCACCUCGUACACAUGUCUCUGUGGGCCAGGACACUAUGGGGAGAACUGCCAGUGGUCCAAAGUCAAAGUUGAGAGCAUCUCCCCACUUGUCUUGGUAGUCACAGCUGCUGCCAUCACCAUCUUAGUGCUGGUGGUGUUUGGUAUUAUUGGAGUAAUGUUGAAACAUUGGCAUUGCCUUACACAACAACAGGAGGAAGAAGAGGAGAUGGAGGAGGAGGAAAAGGAAGACAGACCAGCAGGAAUUUUUGUCGACCUACACUGGAAGAAGGACAGGAAACAGAGAACAGAAAGGCCACCAGUGGAGGAACACUACUGGUGGAGGAGGAAAAGAAAGUACAAAGCUCAUCCCAUUCUUCUGUCUCUCCAGUCACAGUAUCCACCACCACCACCACCACCUCCUCCACCUCCGCCUCCUCCAUUGCAAGUUCAUCCACAUUGUCAGUUUGAGGAUAAAUCAUCAUCCUCAGAUGCAAAAGGCGAGAUGGUCCGAGGGAGGUCGCUGCGGCCGGGUAUCCUAGAGGCCAUUGAUCUCCUGAGGAAUCUUCCCAGCAAGACCAGAGAGAGACCAGAGGAACGAAGAACCAAACAUCCUCCCAAGACUUGUAUCCCGGAAGAUAGCAUCCAGGGAGCUCCGGCUGCAGCAAUCCUGGAAGACUUGACAUGAUUAAUAAAAGUGAUGUGAAGAAAUUAAAUUUAUAAUAACCAGAAAAUACUUAAGAUUUGUACAGCUUAAUGAUUGUUUUUUUUUCCCCAUUAGUUGUCAAUGCCUUUGAUGUUGUAAAAUGUAACGUUUUUAUGUCAAGCACAAAUCUGCAGGUCUUGGCAUCAACAGUUUUUGUUUUCUCCAUGAAUCAUAAAAUCUGUAACCAAACAAUGUAAAAGAAAGCUGUGAGAAAUGUUAAAAGUUUGGGCUGCAAUAUAUUGCAUUAACACAGAAAAUGAAGAAAAUGAAAAAAUUCUUGAGAAAGAUCUUUACAUGAAUUUUCAGUUAUCAAGAGUCUUUGAAACCUAUUGUGUGUGUGUGUAAUACAUAUUAAGUGCCUUAUUGUACACUGUUUUAUACAAAAAAGUUAAUAAAGAAACUGAAUACAAUAA